AUGGGUCAGGGUGCCUCGACACCCCGCGAUGAGUCAAACAACACCAGUUCUAGGAAUCACGAACGGGAGGCGGGAAAUGGGACGCUACAGCAGGGUGUGGCUGGGGUCGACCCUGAGAGGGCGGCGGCUGCGGCGAGGUUGAGGAGGAGUAGGAGGAUACGGAACCACAUAGAACACUUUACGCGUCUGGGGAAUCGGCUCAUGCCAUCAUCGUCGGCAACAACAGCGGCAGCAGCAACGCCAUCGUCGUCAUCGUCAUCGGGCCCGUCGUCGUCGUCAAACCCAUCAACUAUUCGAGGUCGCGUGCCGGGCCUGAGGUUUCGGGCGCGGAGUAAUCGAUUGUCUGGCAGUGCACGGUCGCGUUCUCCUUCGCCACCCAGACGAGGGGGGUCGACAGCGUCGGGUGCAAUACGACGCCGCACACCGCCUCUGCCACGUCCAACUGUGUCGUCCGCUAGGAGAGCUACGGAUCCCGUUUUGGGCGACAUGAUGGAUAUCUCACCGGUCUCGACGGUUACUCCUCAGCCCAGGGCCUCUGCUGCCGCCGACGUGGGAGCUUCAGCUACGCCUUCACGGAGAUCACGCAUGUCGCGCGUUCGAGACUCAAUCAACCUUAUGUCUUCGGAGCUGAAUUCGAUGCUCAAUCGUCCGGGCUCCCGACGGCCGUCGGAAACCCGUGCUGGCGCUCUCGACGCCCUGAAUGGCACUCACCGUGAAUCGCCCGGGACGGAGGCACCGGCGCGGGACACGGAUUCGAUAUUCCCGCCAGCUGCCGAGGAACCAAGUAUACAGGGCGGAACGUCGAUUUUUGGAUCUGGGCCACGGGAUCCUCAGGGCAUCCUUGAUGGACUGGGAAAUCCUGGCCGUAUCCGACCGGGCGAGGACCAGGCUGCGAUGCUGUCGAGGUUGUUGUCGGUGGCCGCUGCAGCUACUGCGGCGUCGUUGGUUGGGGAUGCCGAGGAGGCGAUCACGCAGGCUCAAGAUGUGGGUGGGGACAAUGGAGGGGAUGGAAGUUUCGAGUCAUUCUUGCGGGCCCUGCGGAACGGAAGGUUGGAGGCGGCACUGAGGAAUGGCGGCAACGAGAUGGGUGGGGGAAAUGCUGCUGAUCCGAAUGCUGAGAACGGAGUCCUGUCCUUGAACUUCUUCAGGAUGUUCCGUUUCGGAAGCACACCGGGCAACAGCGGAGGGGGCGAGGAUGGGGAGGAGGGCGGUCAGGGAAGCCGCAUGGUUCCUGUGAUCAUCGUCGGAAUAAGAUCCGUGUCGCCACGGGAAUCGACGGACGGCGAUGGCCCGAGACCUGCGCCGUUCUUUGACGCACUAGCAAACCUGAGCAUUCCGAGCGUUCAUAGGAGGUCGAGAUUGGGAAGUGCGGGUGCUGGCGGCAGCAGCGGGACAAGACCUCGUCCGGCGUCUAUGGGUUCACCCAUCGCCCCUUCAAGGCCACUUUCAAGCAACGAUGCGGCUACAGAGUACGUUUCAGAUUCAGAUUCAGAUUUCUUUCCCCCCGCGGCAUUCUGGCGGAACGGUGCGAUUCCUUCGAGGGUCGUGAAUCCUCCGUACCGAGGCGAGGGCUUUGGUGCAAGGAGGGACCCGCUCCGUCGUAUGGGGCUCACGCCGUCCGGCUUCUUGGACUUGGCUAAUCCGUACAGACCUCCACAGGCAACGCCGGCUGCAACCAGCGAGAGCGGAACAACCACUCGGGAACGGAGCAACACUACAGGCACACCGAACCGUCCCACCGCUCCGGAGGGCACCAGGAGCUGGAUCAUAUAUGUUCUUGGUGGAUCCUACCCCGAAAACCACCCGAUCCUCACCACGCCGAGUCUGUUUACAGAUGAACCUACUUACGAGGAUAUGACGUUACUUUCUUCGCUGCUCGGUCCGGCUAAGCUGCCUGUAGCGGCCAAGGAGGACCUCGACUCGGCCGGAGGCGUGUUUACGUUUGGCGAGGGCAGUGCGACGCAGUACGGACCUGGAAAUGCCGAGCGGUGUCUCAUCUGCUUGUCGGACUACGAGACGGGCGCCGAGUGUCGACAGAUUGUGAAGUGCAAUCACAUCUUCCACAAGGAGUGCAUCGACGAGUGGUUGACCACUGGACGCAAUUCGUGCCCGCUAUGUCGUGGCGAGGGUGUCGAGGAGAAAUCUAAGGCUGCCGAGGCGGCGGCGGCGACCCCAGCUACUACUACCACCACCACCCCAGCGGUCCCAGAAACUGCGGCGGCGCUCUAG